AUGAAUAGGAUAUCGAUAUUUACAUUCAUCUUCUUCGUAUGGACUGCGGCCUUUUGUAGCAGUGCCAUCACGAGCCAAGGCCAUCAGAGAGACUACCGUGAUCUCGAAGGAUAUACGUCGCACAAUCACAGUAGGCGAUAUGGCCAUAAAAGACGACGCUCUAACGAUGAUAAACCUCACGGUGCAUCUACCAUCGACAUGCCACGCCCACACGUCGGAGAUUACUGGACCGAGCAGAUCUUAGACCACCUCGACAAGUACGACGCGCGGGCUACAUUCUUCGUAACGGGGCAUAAUCUAUUCCUCGACAGACGCAUCGACGACGAAGACUCGCAAUGGCCGGGCUUGCUUCGAGCCAUACACGAAGCAGGACAUCAACUCGGUUCACACACAUGGACACAUAAACACCUAGAGAAUAUCACGAGGGAAGAUGUGUUCGACGAGAUGAUCUUCAACGAAAUGGCCUUCCGAAACGUACUCAACCUCGUGCCGACAUACAUGCGUCCACCCUACGGUGCAUGGCGGGACGAGAACGUGCAAAGCGAUAUGCAAGCUCUCGGGUACCAUGUCGUGAUGUACGAUGUGGAUACCAAGGACUACAAACACAACGACGCGGAUGGGAUCGAGGAAUCGAUUCGUGUUUUCGAAGAUGCGAUCGCGAGGAAUGGCACGGGAUCGUAUAUUACGCUUUCGCAUGAUAUCCGACAGUGGACGGCGUUGAAAUUGGUUCCGGCGAUGUUGAAGACGAUUACGGAGAGGGGGUAUAAGGCGGUUACGUUGGGGGAGUGUUUGAAUGAUCCGUGGGUGAAUUGGUACAGGUAUCCUGACAAUUGA